GCGGGGAUAAAAGCCAGGCCCCGAGGGCGCGCAGCCUAUGCCGGGCUGGGGCGGCGCGUGGAGCCGCUGGAUGGCACUGUGGGGAUCACAGCGGACCGCGGCCCUGGACCUGGCACUGUGGUUGCUGCUCGGCUUCGGGCUGGGCCUGGAGGCCGCCCCGACUUCGAUUACGACCCGGUCCCCGGUUCAGGCCCCAGGAUCCACUGCAGACUCGUGUAUGCCCACCGGAUUCCAAUGCCGCACCAGUGGCUUCUGCGUGCCCCUCAGCUGGCGCUGUGAUGGUGACCAGGACUGCUCUGAUGGCAGCGAUGAGGAGUGCAAGAUAGAGCCGUGUGCCCAGGAUGGGCAGUGCCCGCCGCCCAUGGAAAACCCCUGCUCUUGUGACAGCAUCGAUGACUGCCACGAUGGAAUCGACAAGAACCUUCUCAACUGCAGCAGACAGCCCUGCAGGGCAGGAGAGCUUCACUGCCCCCUGAGCAGUACCUGCAUCCCACACACGUGGCUCUGUGAUGGGCACCCAGACUGUCCUGAUUCCAGUGAUGAGCUUGGCUGUGGAACUGAGACCCUCCAGGAAGGCACGUCUGUGGGGACGCCUGUGACCUCAGUGACCCUGGAGAGUGUCACCUAUCCCAAGAAUGCCACAACCACCUUAGUCGGCGACCAGAACUCAGUUCAGUCCAGAAACAGAAAUGCCUCCGGGGUUAUCGUAGCUGCCGCACUGCUAAGCGCAGGUCUGGUUGCUGCCGUUCUGCUUGCGAUAUCCCGGCUCUGUGCUCCACUGGGGCUGCUGGUGACCGUGAAGGAGUCCCUGAUGCUAUCAGAGAGGAAGUCCUCACUGCUCUGAGGACAAGCUCUUGUCAUAUCACCUGGGCCCUGAGUGUGGCAACUAUGGGGACAUGUGCACUGUGACUAACACACCAGCCUUCAGGCAUGGGUUCUUCUGGCUACACAGACUGCAGACCUGAGCUCCUGCACAUGUGACCUGGAGACUGGAGGUGCUUGGGCCCUCCCCCGGAUGUGGGGAGCCUGGAUGGGGAGCACGCCCCGGCCGGAACCAAGGGGCUGGCCCCCAGCUGCCCCCAGGGGUGGCCGCAUGCUUAGACACUCCUGCUGCCCCCAUCUGAGGGUGGUGAUUAAAGUUAGUUUACAUCCUCUGCCUGACUCUGGGCCUCAGUCUCCCCUUGCCCAGGCAGCCUGGGGUCUUGGCUGCAGCCCCUCCUCUGUGCUGGAGCACCCAGCCCUGGCCCCCACCAUCAGCCAUUCUGCUUCUGGCUUCCUGGGGUCUGGAGCAGGAGCAGUGGGGCCAGGGUGGCAGGGCCGUGUGCAUUACCUACAGGCUUCUGCAAAGAGCAUGGACAGUGCCUCCUGGAGUCCUGGGGACUCUCAUCCAUCACGACUGACUCUUUAAGAUGGAAGCUGGGUGUCCUGCAUUGAUCUCUGCUCCACCCCAUUUUAAAAUGUAGGUUUUAUUCAAGUAUGGUGAGGCUGGUAGAUCAGGGAAGACUGCCAUUGAAAAGACACUUAAUAAAUCAUAAUUCCUAAGAAAAGAGGGCACACCAUGUCACUCAGAGCCACAUGGGGCAGCACCAGGGCAGUCAGGAGGCGGUGUUGGGAGGAGUGUGGGCCAGAGCUUCAUUAUAGUUUCCACCAGAAGCAACGGGUGAGCGAGGAUGAGCAGGCAUGGGGUUGCUGUCUGUUGUGUAAGUCGUAGCCUGUUGACAGGGAUGUGCCUGAGACACUCACCUGGGUCCGUAUUACUUGUGCUGCCCCCACAGACAUAUCUUUUGCAACGGAUGCCUGGGCAAGUGAGAACUUAUUCUCAGGUGCUUACAUUAUAUUAUCCCUAGUUGUCUGGCCCUGGAGUAAUGGGGCAGAGGAAUAGGAGCUCUGGAUUGGUUGGUUUGCUUUGGAAAGGAGAAUCGUUUCUUAUCUCUAAGAACAAGCUAACCCGGAGGGACAGUUUGUCCCUGGUUAGGGAAACCCUGGUUGCCAGAGCAUGAAGAAUACAGAAAAAUAAAAAUAACAAUGGAAUCAACAUGCA